AGAAAGCGCGAGCGCUCCGUUGCUGCAGGUGAGUGAGUGCGUGCGGUGUCUCCGGUUGGCGCGCGCUCGUAACUCUCCCCUCCACUGAUUCCAGAUUCAGCGGAGCACCUGAACGCACCUGGACGCACGAGCACCUUGCGUCCCUUUGUGGAGUGUUUAGGAGCGCGUGCGUUUGGCGCGCGACCCCGGGGAUCUAAACCCAUGCGGUGGAACUGAUCCGCGCGCGCGCUGGGACACUGCGCAACAGGCAGGACUGCACUUCUUAUACUGUGCAUUCUCGUGAUGAAGAAUUCUCUGGAUAUCUGGGACGGCACGCCGGCGGCGUUAUCAGAUAUGGAGGCGUUAUCAGAUCUGUCUGAUCUCUACCUGAACUCCAGUCUCCUGAACAUCUCCACCAACAGCAGCAGCAGCAGCAGCAGCACCUCCAACCUCACCUCCGUCACCUACUACCCCUACUACCAGCACUCGCUGCCCGUCGCCGCCAGCCUCACGCUGGCGUACCUCUUCAUCUUCCUGCUGUGCAUGGUGGGAAACGGCCUGGUCUGUCUGAUCGUUCUGGAGAACCGGCGCAUGAGAACCGUCACCAACCUCUUCAUCCUCAACCUCGCGGUGAGCGACCUGCUGGUGGGCGUGUUCUGCAUCCCCACCACACUGGUGGACAAUCUGAUUACAGGAUGGCCUUUCACAAACACUGUGUGUAAGAUGAGUGGACUGGUGCAGGGCAUGAGCGUCUCGGCCUCCGUCUUCACGCUGGUGGCCAUCGCUGUGGACAGAUUCCGCUGCAUCGUCUACCCCUUCCAGCCUAAACUCACCUUACUGGUGGCCAAAGUGACCAUAGCGAUGAUCUGGGUGCUGGCGCUGGUGAUCAUGUGCCCGUCCGCCGCCACGCUGACCGUGACGCAGGUGGAGCACCACUACAUGGUGCACAACCUGGACUACAACCACACCUACCCGCUGUUCUCCUGCUUCGAGAACUGGGCCGACCCACAGAUGAGGAAGGUUUACACCACGGUCCUUUUUGCUCACAUCUACCUGAUCCCGCUCACCCUCAUCACCUUGAUGUACGGGCGAAUCGGAAUCAAGCUGUACACCACCUCCGUCAUCUCCGGGAACGACCAGCAGGACAGCGGCAGCCACCAAAACGCUACGCCUCCGGCAACAGGUGGGCAUAAUCACCAUCACCACAAUCACCACCACGAAGGACGUCCACUCAUCUCCAACAAGAAGAUCAAGGUGAUUAAGAUGCUGAGCAUGGUGGCUCUUCUUUUCACUCUUUCCUGGCUGCCGUUGUGGACCCUCAUGCUCUUGACGGACUACGGCGGCCUGGGCGAGGAGGAGCUGGAGCUUCUGUCCGGCUACGUCUUUCCGUUCGCGCACUGGCUAGCCUUCUCCAACUCCAGCGUCAACCCCAUCAUCUACGGCUACUACAACGAGAACUUCAAGCGAGGCUUCCAGGCCGUUUGCAGGACGUACUCUUGCUGCUCCACUGUUGCAGGAAGCGGUCGAAUCCAGAGACCUGGAAGAAUCGACCUGAAGCUUAGCGGACAGAGGGAAUCCGCGGGCAACUCCAACCCUUUACCGUUUAGCACCAGGAACAGGGUUUACACCGAUGGCAACUUAAAGAACUGCAGAACAAAGCAGGAACAGGAACAGAGAAGGUCAGGGUGCAGAGUCAGCAGCUCUGUUAGCAUGGAUGACGCCGCGUCGGCCACGGCCAACGAGGCCAAAGGAGUCGCAGGACAGAAGGGUAUUCAGAUGGAGGACUUGGGGAAGAUUAGCCCUAUUGGUGUGACUGUGAGUCAAGCCUGGGACCAGUAGAGGACUUUUUUUGAGGUUGAGUUUCCAGGGAAUACCAAGAUUCAAGACUCAAAGGCGGCAGGGAGGCUAUCAGCGAGUUUUUUUUGUUACCGAUUUUGGUAAUGACUUUUGUACCCCGCAAAAAAAAGAGAAGGGAAUCAAGGAGUCAGUCAAGAGGUCUAGGAUUGAGAGACCUUUUAGAAUCUUUUAGAGUCUGGGAUCAUCAUUUCUAAAGCAUAGCACAAUCCAGUUUGGAGCAUAAAAAAAUUCUCCAUGAAAAUGAAUUCUGCCAUCUUCUUCGUCUUCUUCUUCUUCUUCUGCUGCUGCUUUUGACACGUCAUCCACCUUUUUCGCCCAAACUCAAGAGUCGCAAGAGCGUCAACGGUUGAAAUGUUCGUUGCGUCUGGAACUGAAUGGAAUUGCCAGUUGUCGAGGGUCCAGAUUGAUGAUGCUGUGCACAGCGCAAAGGACAAAAUAUUUUUCCCAAAUGCCUGGAAUUAAGUUGUUACAUGUGAGGCGUAGCAUUUGCUGCUAACCCAUUAUGUGUUUGGGUGUAGCGCCGUGCUGUUGGCGUACACAGAUAUAAAAGGGGUUUUUAUCCGUGUAGGGAGACAAUUUAACAAUCCCUCGCGGAAAAAGAGGAAGGUUCGGCACGUACAAUGAACCAGACGCUAAUUUAUUUCCUGACUCACUCGCUGUAUUGGACGAAAUUACACAAGCUAAAUUACACCUUACACA